UUCGAAGUAUGAUGUCUUGAUGCGUACCUCCAGUCACAUUUUACUUGAAAUAAUAACGUCAAAGCAAGAUGGCUGACGAUGUUGGCCAUGUUGAUUCUCCGGAGCGUACCCGUAACCCAUCUCCACCCCCAGAACUACGCAGUAACACUGAUUUGCUGGAGGCAGAUUCUAUCAGUAACACUACCUUCAGCAAACACUGGCUUUUCUCUACUCUAAUGAAGCUUAUAGAGGAGGUUGAUAAAGAACCUGAGUCGGGGGAUGAGGAUGUCACAUUUGGAUUGGAUGUAGACGAGGAAUUACAAAAUGAGCUCUGCAAACUGUGGGAUAUCUCCAUGAAUAUGGAUGUUGCAAGAUUCUUGCAAGAAUUCAAAGCGAUAGACAUUCUAAUCAGUGUCAUUGGAAAGUCAAAAGCACCAAGAGUUACGGAAAUAUGUGUUGGUAUCCUAGGCAACAUGGCUUGUGAUGAAGAAAUCAGCCAAGUGAUGGCCGAAAAUACACAACUUAUAAAUCUGAUUAUCAUGCUGCUUGAAAACAGAGACCCACCGACUUUAGUGGAAACUACAAGAUUGCUGUACACAAGUUUAUCCAAGUCCUCCACAAGUGGGCCCUGGAUAUCAGCAGUAUCAGAAUCAGAGGAAAUUCUUGACAAUCUGAUAUUCAUCCUCAGCAGCUCAACAAAUUGUGACUUACUGAAGAAUGCUGGGGAGGUGAUCGACAUCUUGCUGGACCAGAGAGAGGAUUUGUGUGAUGCUUGGGCAACCUCUCGGUUAAUCACGGCACUGAUGGAGGCUAUCAAACAAAUAGGAUGUCAUCAUAGUGAUGCUUUGGAGAUCUACUUCCACAUAUUUCAGAUGUUUUCCACAACAGAGAAAGGAGUCGAAACAUUAGUUACAUGUAGUGCUGGUCUAGAGGUGCCACUAAUGAAAUACUUAGGUGUGCUUUGUGAGGACGAGAUCGUUGGUCUGGACGGACGAGAAGCAUGUGUUGCAUCCACCUUGUCUGUACUCAACAUUCUCUUCCUCUCAGAUGAUUCUGUCCAUGACAAACUCAUCUCAAGUGAAAAUUUGAUAAGAAUUUUUGUCAAAAUACUUGAAGCAUUGUCACCAUUAGUGCUAAUGUCAAGGUCAUAUUCUUCAUCUCAUGAUUCUUCGGAAAAUUCUCAGAACUCCUCCUCAUCGACUUCAUUACAAACUAAAACAGAUGGACUAGAUAUCUCGCAAAACUUACACCAAAAUGGUGACAAUAAAACAACAUGUGGGGAUUCCUGUAGUGAUGCAGGGGGAUCCCAAGAAACCAAUCUGAAACCUCUGUCAUCAUUGUACAGAAAUGACUCUGCUUCAAAGGACAGUGAGGCUUUCACUGCGAAACUUUCUAUGCUGUAUAACAUUGUCAAAGGAUUCCUCUACGAUGUGCUUUGUGCCCUUGCUGAACAAGAAGACCUCACAGUACAGAACAUCUUAGUAUACCUGAACUCUUCAUGCAGCAGAGUUCGUCUUAAAUAUCUGAUAUAUAUCAUGAAAGAGAUGUCAAAUAAAACUUUCUGUGCUUUGGAGUGGUUGUCUGAGGUGGCAAACAGCCACAAGCAGGAGAGACUGACUCGUAUCAUUGAUGAUGUCUUAUCAGGGAGAAACUUGGACAGAACUAGAAGUGACUCAGGCUCACUACAAGACUCAUACAGCCAGUAAUGAUUCAUAGCCAUUAAUAAAGAGAGAAGAAAUUAAACAAAAAAGAUCUUUAAGGAAGAAAACAUUUAGUUUUCUUUCUACUUUCCAUUUGAAUUAAGUAAAUAUUUUUUAAGGGUUUCAUAUUUGUUUAUCUUUCUAUCUGUCUGUCCAGAAUUAAAGACUAUUUUCUCAACAGUCCUGCCAGAAACCAAUUAUGAGAGUUAUGCCCCUUCUCUCUGAUCUGCCUCAUCACUGGCAUCUGUCUAGUACAUGUGUAAUAUAUAAGGUCAGACAUACUGUUUGGCCCUUGAUAGUCUGUAACUUUCUUAUCUGAUAUCAAAAUGUAUUUAUCAGUGAAAUAUAGAGUAGGAUUUAUAUACAUGGGGUGUUCUUAUGUUUUAAUAUAUAUACUUACGUAUAUAAAUUUUUAAACAUUUGUCAGAGUUGAUAGCUAUAU